AAGCACAAACUGGUACUAAGAGACUGAGCCAAUGCUAUGCUACAUGGAGCAUUGUGUGGGUGUUGGGGCUAUUGUUUGAUUUUGAGAGCAGACCUACCCUUAUCGUCCUUCAGCAAUGAAGGAACUCAUUCAAUUGGGGUGCACUGUGAUUACGUUUCUCCUAAAUUGCUGAUUUGCAUUUAAUGUGAAGGAAUAUGCUCAUGAAGGAGUAUCGGAUCUGUAUGCCUUUGACAGUUGAAGAGUACAGAAUUGGACAGCUGUACAUGAUCAGUAAACAUAGCCACGAGCAAAGUGAUCGUGGAGAAGGGGUAGAAGUGGUGCAGAACGAACCCUAUGAAGAUCCGAAUUAUGGGAAUGGUCAAUUGACCGAAAAACGGGUUUAUCUGAACAGCAAACUCCCAAGUUGGGCAAGAGCUGUUGUCCCCAAAAUAUUUUAUGUUACAGAGAAGGCAUGGAAUUACUACCCAUACACAAUUACAGAAUACACGUGUUCAUUUUUACCUAAAUUCUCCAUUCACAUAGAGACAAAAUAUGAGGACAACAAAGGAAGCAAUGAUAACAUAUUUGAUAAUGAAGCCAAAGAUCUUGAGAGAGAAGUCUGCUUUAUUGAUAUUGCCUGCGACGAAAUUCCUGAGCGCUAUUACAAAGAAUCAGAGGACCCUAAACACUUCAAAUCAGAGAAGACUGGGAGAGGCCUAUUAAAAGAAGGCUGGAGAGACACUCAAGAGCCCAUCAUGUGUUCCUACAAACUGGUGACUGUGAAAUUUGAAGUAUGGGGACUUCAGACUCGAGUGGAGCAGUUCGUUCACAAGGUGGUCAGAGAUAUAUUGCUGAUUGGCCACCGACAGGCUUUUACAUGGGUGGAUGAGUGGUAUGACAUGACUAUGGAUGAAGUCCGGGAAUUUGAACGAGCAACUCAGGAAGCCACCAACAAGAAAAUUGGGAUCUUCCCUCCUGCAAUAUCAAUCUCUAAUGUCUCCCUCCCUUCUUCAAUCCGCAGUGCUCCUUCUAGUGCUCCGUCUACACCUCUCUCCACAGAGGCGCCUGAAUUUCUAUCAGUUCCCAAAGACCGGCAACGGAAAAAAUCUGCCCCAGAAACUCUCACCCUCCCAGAUCCAGACAAAAAAGCUCUCUAAACCCAGCAUGUUUUCAUGACAAGCCAUGACUGAAAGAAUAGCAUUUGCAAAGCUCAUGGUAGUUGUUUUGUGUAAACAAAAUUUACUGAUCUGAAAGUAUGACCUUUCCCCGCUCCCCAUCAGGCUUGUCCCUUAAACUAGUUAGCUAAGUGCAUGCGAGAACAUAGUUCAUAUGCUCCGAUUCCUAGACUGCAGCUCUAAGCCAUAUGACAGAUGUUGCUAUCAACACAAAAUGAAACAAGCUUGCAAAAGCAAAAGUCAGUCUCUACAUAGCAACUGUAGUAAACAAAAGAUAUUCUCAUAUAUAGCAUAACAGUAUUUAUGACUGGAGAUGUUAUAUGGAUUUAAGAAAGGUGGCAAGGACAUCUUGAGAGAAUGAGGGACUAUUGAGGGACAGUUUCAAAUGACAUUUCUCAUUUCAAGCCAUUAUAUCUCAAUUUCUAAAAUCCUUUUUACUCUCAGGCCAAGUGCACCUUAAAGUAAACCUUUGAACUGCUAUUCACUGAGAAACACUUGAAUACCAACAGUAAUUAUUCAGAUUCUUGUUUUACUGAAUACAACUCAGGAUUUGGAGCGCAGCUAAUGCACACUUUAAGCUCUUCAAAACUAAAGAACCAGUGAGCUCUGGUUGUAAUUCAUUAUACUUAUUUUUAGACCCUUGGAA